AUGAGACUAUGUAAAGUUAGCAAGAGAUGGUUAAAGCAUACAAGUAGUAUCUUUACAAAACACUUUUAUCUACAUAUUCAAACAAAUGAUUCAUUAAACAAUUACAACAGAAUUAAAAAAAAGAAAAAGAAACAAGAGGAAGAAGAAGAUCAAGAAAAAGAAAAAGAAGAAAAGAAUAGUUGUUGGUUAAAAAUAUUAGAGAAUAAUUUAAAAUCACCAUUUUGUUUGUUGUAUCCAUGUCCUCAUAGGGUUGGUAUAACAUUUCAAUCGACUCUAUUGUCAUUGGACGGCAUUAAACAAUUAUUGGCUAGUCGUGCAUUUAGCGAGAUUGAUUCGUUGACUGUUGGUAUACCAGUGUCUACAUCGACGAUGGCGAUGGCGGCGAGUGACCACCACCAUGGUCAUGAAUCACCAUCAUUUUACUCGCCGUGUGCAGUAAUUGAUUUAUUGUCACCAAUCAUUCAACAUGGAUAUCAAUUAACUAGAUUCAAUAUAGAAGGAGUCUAUUGUAAUGCAUUGUGUCAGGCAUUUAUACCAAUUACAAAUAGUCUAACUAAAUUCUUAUGCGUCGAUUUGACACCUCCAACAAAUCUUGAAGAGAAUAAUGGUAGUGGUCGAGAUAAUAGUUCUAGUUCAAGUUCUAGUUCAAGUUCUAGUUCAAUGUUACAAUUAUUAUAUUCUACAAGAUCAACAUUACAAUCACUUCAUCUUAAUUUCAGACAACACACUUUACUCACAACUUUGUUGUCUUGUCAAGACUAUAUAUUCAAAUCAUUGCAACUACUCAAUAUACUGGAUGCCGAUCAGUCCAAAUUACCGUGGGAUCUAUUCCCAACGGUUGUACCGAAUCUACGUCAACUCGGUAUCACCAAUCACGACUAUAGCAAGACAGUGUCACCUGCACUUGCCAAUUACCUCGUGUCAAGUGGCGUGAGGUACCUGUCAUCAGUAUGUCUUUUACCAGAGACGCUGUCGUUGAUAGCCGGUCUACAGCGAUCAGUAUCGAUGAGUAUAGAUAUGGAGAGCCGCAAGACACGUAUUACACCAGGUGGAUUGUCGAGUCAUCACAAGGACAGUAUAAGGUAUCACCCUAGUCUGACCGACCUCUCUGUACAUUGCAAUUUAUUCAUGUUUGAUGUUGAUAUAUUCCAACCACUGCCAUUCCUCUCCAUCACUAGUCUCAGACUCACCAUUCCCCCUUCACUCAUUGGUCAUAUUACCAAGGUCGUUCCCAACCUCCAACUUCUUGAAACCUUUUACCUACUUUGUGUAAAACGUACCAAUCAACCACAACUCGAAUUGGAAAUGGUGACACCAAACCUUUUACAAGCACUUGGUCAAAGCAAGACUGUAUCAUUGAUUGAAUUGUAUGGUCUCUCUAUAACAUCGACACAAGUUGAUAGAUUUGUCAUUCCAAUGAUUAAAUCACUCAAUAGUCUAUCGCGAUUAAAAACUUCAACCUUGCAAUACCCAGAUUCCUACAUUGUAAAAUAUUUUAAUAUUAAAAAUGAUCAUACAACUACAACUUUAUCAAAAAAAAUGCAUGUAUACAUCCAAUUGCAAUUGGUAAUAAUUAUUGUGAAUGGUAAUAUAAUUCAACAAAACAACAACAGCUGUCUCGACAGAAUUGUAAUGUUGGUUGAACACCAUGGUGUUUAUAGAUUUAAUAGCUAUUACUAUAGUACUAUACAUACAAUGAUGAUUAAUCAACAACAACAACAACAACAACAACAACAACAACAACAACAACAACAACUACAAUUACCAACAAUAAUAACAAAGAUUAUUAUUGAUUUUGUAUUAGGUUGUGGUGGGGAUAGUAGUUUUGUAGAGUUGACCAAUAAUGCAUAUAGACUUUUUAAAGUUUGCAAGAGAUGGUUAAAGAUUACAAGUAGUGUAUUUGUACAAUACUAUACUUUAAGAUUACAAUCUACUGCUGUUGAUAAUACUAUAACCUAUAUCAAAGGAUUACAACAAAAUAUACAGUCACCAUUUUGUUUAUUAUAUCAUUAUCCUUUGUCAAAGGUUGAAUUGGUAUUUGGUUAUGAUUAUAUGCAGAAUGCAUACAUUCAACAAAAGUUGGGCAGACCAAUUGCAUAUCAAACACAUCAUAAUGAUAGUCAAUUCUCAGAGCUCAAAGAACAAAUAGAAUCUGGACAUCUACAACCAACCGGUAUACCAAUUGGUAUACCUCAACUACGGUUGGGUGAGGGUAAAUAUUCAAUCAAACGAAGAAUUCAAGUCUGGCAACAAUUUCAAAAUGUAGAUACACGAUCAAUCAACACUUCACCAAAUAUGAUUAGUAAAGAAUCAACAAUCUUUAAUCAACUAGUACAAUUAUUUACAAAUAGAGCCGUGUUUGGAGAAAUAACAACAUUGGAUAUAUACACAUAUGAUGAUAUAGACACUGAUGUAUUGAUACCUAUUAUAAAUUAUGGUAAUCAAUUAACAACUCUAUUUCUAGAUGGUAGACACAAUCAAAAGGUUUGUAAAGUUGUAUUACCAAUUGCAAUGAAUCUAUCUACUUUGGCUUAUAGAGAUGAUCUGGGUCAGACAACCAACAACAUUAACUUUAACAACAUUGACCUCCUCAACGACAAUGACAACAAUAAGGAGGAGGAGAAUUAUUUCUUAAAAUUAAUAGAUAAUAAUCAUUCUUCAUUAGAGAGAUUAUACUUGGAGACACCAAAUACCAACAUAUUAAAUAAUAUAUUUAAAUCUAGUGGCGGAUUGAUAUUUAAUCAUUUAAAGUUUCUUCAAAUCAAAUCAAGGUACCAAUUUCACAUGCCUUGGAAUGAUUUCAAAGUAUCUCUCCCAAAUUUAGAGGUGAUAAAGAUAAAAGAUGGUCAUUUGUUUGCAGAUAGUCUUUCAACAAGGUUGAAAGAUUAUUUAAUAGCAAGAGGUGGAAAGGUUCAAUAUAUGGCACCGGUUCAUUUAUCUCUUGAAACGGUAGACCUUGUUCAGUAUCUUGCCUAUUACCUAGACUUAACAAUAGACAACGACGUUAUGUUCACAACAUCUUUGGACUAUGUACUGCCUACAUUACCACCAAUCAAAUACCAUCCUUCACUACUAGGACUAUCAUUAAGUUGUAUAAUGCCAUCGGAUGAUCUGCUAAAGAUUGAUCCAUUUCAAUAUAUUCCAUUUACAACAUUGAAAAGUUUAAUAAUCAAAUUGGCCAAUCCAGGCUCAACCAUACCAUACUUGGAUAGAUUCGAGCAACUAGAGACACUUUCAAUAAGAGGUCCUCUCGGCGACUAUUCACCAGAAUUUCAAAUACUUUGUCAAGAUAUUUCAAAGAUCCAAACUCUCACCUCUCUUGGAUUGCAUUUUCAAAGGACUGGUAAUCAUACUGAUAUUCUAAAGUGGAAUGUCAACUUUACACCAAUGAUCAAACAACUAGUGCAUUUAAAAGCAUUUAAAACCGUUCAAUUUCUUGGUAAUCUUGACAAUAAUGACAAAGAUCAUCAAUGGAUAGCAGCUCAUUUUAAUAUUGAAAUUGAUAAUCAUGAAACAACUUUAACAAGAAAAUAG